AGACUGUACCAUAAUUUAAACACCGCGUAAAGCUGCGCUUCUGAAUGAAAUCAUCUUUCAGCAGCAGAGAGGAGACCCGCGCGGACAGAAACACAUACGAUAGACAGACAUACAGCUGUCUGCCUGCCGUUACUCCAACAUCACAGCUCGCGCGCACCUUUACCUUCUUCGGCUUCGCCAAAAAUUAAAGUCACAAAGUUUUGGAUUAAAACGAUACAGAAAUAAAUUCUGCCUAUCUGUUUUAAGAAGCGCUAUGAAAGAGUUUGAUUUACCUCAAACUUUGACAAACUUUCAGUUUUGACAGCGCGUGCCUAGAUUCAAACCGUGUCUGCUUACCCAACCGUCGCCUCGCUGAGGAAAACCAAUCGUUUUGCGCCACCAACGCGAUUUCGCCGCUCAGCGAAUAGUGGUAAUAAGUCUGAAACCACAUGUGCUCCUCUUCAAACCGGAGAGACGCUUUUUCAUUUGUCUUCAGAGAGGAAAAGAGUUGGCUUUAAGCCGUACUGACAGACACAAGGGAAGGACGAGCCGGAGAAGACCACUGGAAAUUCAAGCGGUGCGUAAAAUUCACGUAUAUUCUUGGCACUACUGCAAGAACAGUUGAAAUAAACAGGGGAAAUGUAGUCUUUGUGGAUGGUUAUCGGUAGCUAUAGCCACUUUUGUCGCUAAACUUGCCGGUAAAUGGCUCUUUAAUCGCGGCGAAGGGGAUAACGUUAGUUGUGUAGUGUACGGCAAUGCCAAGUUGACGAGUCUCGACAUUGUCAGUAUUACCGUCCGUUUAAUAAUUAUGGGCUCGAUGAUAUUUUCAAAACAUUCCCUUCUAUCAAAAAGUGGCGAGAAAUCCUGAACGAAGAUGACGUUUUGACUUGGAUAUUCACGUAAACCGCGGGCGUACGCGCAGUCAGUCACCUGCUCAUAAAGGUAUACGCACCUUUACGCUUAAACGCUGUUCAAAAUGACGACUAACGGGGCCAACAUCGUCUACGAAUGGCUAAAAACCCUUCAGCUGUGUCAGUAUGUCGAGGCUUUUGUGGAUAAUGGAUACGACGACUUGGAAGUUUGCAAACAAAUCGGAGACCCGGACUUGGAUGCUAUCGGGGUGUUCAUUCCGCACCACCGCCAGCGGAUUCACGACGCGGUGCAAAGGUUAAAAGAUCACGAUAAUGAGACGUCCACUGGGCUUUAUUUCACCCUGGAGCCGAUGCCUCCGGUCUCAUCUAUAUACACGAGUCCCACGGCAGAGCAAUGCGAGCCAAGGCUGCGGGGCUCCAAGUCAUGGACUGAGCAGAGCAGUGAUAGAGCUGCGCGCAGCGUGGGGUACAUGGGGGCGUCCAGGAAUCUGACGCUUGGGAACCGCAAGGAGCUGGAAAUCUACCCCAAACUGAAGCUGAAGAUCAUGAUCAGGGAUAAACUCAUCAGGGACGGGAUAAACCUUGCCAGGCAGCCAUACUCUAAUAAGGUAAAAGACAAAGAUACAGUACUUGUGUUUGCCUGAAUUUCACCGUUAACUUCAGGUGUGUAAAAUGUGUAAAUAAAAAAAAUGUUUUAUGUACAUUUUCAGCAUUAAGUAGAUUUUCUUUUCACUCAUGAUCAACAUCAGACUGUAUGUGGGCUGUGGGAAUAUGAUUGAUCCAGACUUAUUUUUGUCUCUGACACAAAUGAAAUGCCACAAGAUGUUAGCUAGCACCAAUUAUCAAUGUGUCAUGUGUCAGACGGUGUCUGUAAAGGUCACACACUUUCAACAUUUUACUCUGCCUCCCAUGCCUCAUCAGUCAUGAAUCAUUUUGAUUAGGGCUGGGCGAUAUGGAAAAAA